UUUCUUGUGAGAUGAAAAUCGUAUCGUUUUAAAUGUGCUAGUCAUCGGUAACACCUUAAGAUGUCUGGACGUUCGUCUAAAUGUAGAAAGGAGGUUGUUUACAGCACGCUGUCUUAUGUAGCGGGUCGCGGAGUGGACAAAAAAUGUAAACAACCAGAGCGGCUUAUGAUGAGACAUCGGAUUCGGUGUGCUCGCGGACUGUAUCGAAAAGAUCUAAAAGAACACUAUGGUUGUGUCAACGCUAUAGAAUUCUCCAAUGGCGGCGGUCAGUCGAUUGCAUCAGGUGGUGAUGAUCGUCGUGUUUUAUUAUGGAAUGUCCAGAGCGCACUCGCUAACAUUGGCAAACCAGUCUUCAUGAAGGGUGAACACAACAGCAACAUAUUCUGCCUUGCCUUCGAUUAUGAAAACAGAAAGAUAUUUUCUGGUGGAAAUGAUGAGCAAGUAAUUGUGCAUGAUAUUUCAACGGGAGAUACUUUGGAUGUGUUUACACAUGAGGAUGCUGUGUACAGUCUUAGUGUCGACCCCAACAAUAUCAGUGUGUUUGCUAGCGCAUGUGAUGAUGGACGUAUCCUUGUGUAUGACAUUCGUGAACCACCUAGCAGUGACCCAUUUUGUCUUGCUAAUUACACCUCCUCAAUGCAUGCUGUUAUGUACAACCCUGUGGACCCCCGUCUUUUAGCAACAGCAAACGCAAAGGAAGGCAUUGGUCUUUGGGAUAUCCGAAAACCUCGCAGCUGUCUGCUACGGUAUGGAGGUGGAUAUGUGCAGCAGAGCUGUAUGAGUGUGCGAUUUAGUCGGUCUGGUGAGCAUCUCCUGGCCCUGCGACGACGCCUUCCCCCUGUCCUCUAUAACAUAUCAAGUUCACAGCCUCUGUGCGAGUUUGACCACAGUGGAUACUAUAAUUCCUGCACCAUGAAGAGUUGUACAUUUGCUGGAGACAAUGACCAGUAUGUUUUAUCAGGAUCUGAUGACUUCAAUCUGUACAUGUGGAAAGUUCCAGAAAAUCUGUCAAAACGACAAUAUGUGAAUGAUGCCCAUAUGAUACUGAAAGGUCAUAGGUCAAUUGUAAACCAGGUGCGAUUCAAUCCUGCAAAUCACCUAAUCAUCUCCUCCGGAGUGGAAAAGAUUGUUAAGGUUUGGAGCCUGUUUGACAUGCCUAACAGUGAGGGAGGCCUGGGAGAGGAAGAUCCUCCACCCCUCUCAGUUGGGGAGAGAUCUGUCUAUACACAUGAGGAAUACAUCAACCUGGUGCUCCAGAGUGGUCACGUGAUGACUCACGAUUACUCUAGUCACUCAACAGAGGAAGAUCCACGUAUGAUGGCGUUCUUUGAUUCUCUCGUCCAGCGUGAGCUUGAAGGCUGUUCAUCUGAAGAUGAUCUGUCCAGUAGUGAGCAAGAGUUGUAUGAACGAAUUAUCCAGCUGUCACAUUCAGAAGUGUCUAAUAGUUCAGAAUCAGAAUCUGGUGUCAGUCGAAGUAUGACCAAUAAUAAUACUAGUGAUGGCAAUUAUGAGGAAGAUUCAGCAUUCAGUCCAUUCAGUAUUGCAUUUGCAAGUGUAGUUGCUGUUCAGACGUCUCGUAGCAUGGAGGAACAAUCAUCUGGUAUAUCAUUAGAUACAUCCUUAGACACAUCUGGGGAUAAUCAAAACUUAAACCUUUCAGAUGAUAAUGCAAGUUUGAAUACUACACAGUCAAGCUCACAGAGACCAACUAUCACCAGUGGAAAUGCUAGGAGAAGCAUCUCUGAGCUCAUUGUAAAACGUAAAGAGGUAAAGAGGCAAGCUAGCAAGGCUCUGAAGAAUAAACAGAGGAAACGAAGAAGGCCUCGAUCAUCUAGUUCUGAAUCAAGUGAUGGAGAACAAAGUAAAACAUCCAGUAGCACUGUUCAGUCUGUUGGCCAUCCAGAAAAUGUGCUUUCAGCACAAAGACAGAAAGCUCAGAUCAGGCUUAAAAGGCUUCAGCAACUUAGAAACAACAUCUUAAAUAGUGAAUCAGAUGAUAGUGGUAAUGAAGAGCUUUCUGUGGCAGAAACAUGCAGUAAAAAGCCAUGCACAGAACAGAACAGUUCUGACAAUGCUGGAAAGGAGGAUGGGGAAAGAUCGUGUAAAGAUGAUACCCAGGGUGUUAGUAAUGGUAAAUCGGUGCCAGGUAAAAGUAAAGAGGGUUCAGAACUUGGCCCUUACCUCCAUGAAACAGACUUUAAUAACCAACCAUCCACAUCCACUCAGAUCGGAAUGAUAGCUAAUUCUCAUAUACAAAACUCUUGUGACAAAAUGUCGGUGACAGCCACAAAUAGCAAUAUUGAAAAUGAAAGCUCUGGAGGCAGUCAUUCCAAUCUAACAGAAUUCAAAAGAUUCAAGAAAUGGACAAAAGCAUCUAAGCGACAGUAUCGUCAACAUGGAUCAGAUAAUGACGAGUUAUGAGCACUUGUAUACUUGUGGUAAAAGACUGUCUCCUUAACAUCUGGGUAACCUUAUGUUGUUAAAUUUGGUAUCAGAUAUGCUUGUUUUCCUUACCUAAAUCUGCUGAUGACUUAGCUUUAUAUACCACAGGUAUUUGAUCAAAUCAAUUAACCCUGGCUGUUAAUAGGAUGUAAAGCAGAAAUAAAUUACACUAUGUUAAUUGUUACCAGACAGCUUAGAUUUUACCAUAAUAGUAUUUACCCUUCAUUAAGCCCACAGCCCCAACAUAUUGUCCAUAACUAGUCGGGAUGGGGGUUAGACUUACUAACUAUAAAUAAGCUUCUGUUUUAUUUAACAGUAAUAGAUAGGGAGGAAGGUUUACUGCUGGAUGAAUAUUGUGUGGUUGGCUUGUGUAGUGUGACAUAUUAGUGUUCCAGAAAUUGGGAUAUUUGGCUGUCAGUCAUCUGUAUGCGAGUAUGAUUGUUUGAAAUCAAAACAUUAAUUGCCUAUUGCUUAUGGUAUGUAUUGCAGCUGUCGAUAAACAACCCAAAUAUGGUCUGUAAUUUAGACACUCAGAGUCAAAAAGGAAAUGUAGUUAAUAUAUUUGUUGAUUGUUUUCAAGAUUUUUUCCCCAUGCCUGAUCAUUUUCAUGUCAAAUUUAAUAUCUACUGUGUAAUAUUGAAUGCUCCAAUUUCUGCUGCUGGUAGAUUUGAACUGUAACAAAUACAUCAGGUAUCUUUAUGUACAGUGUACCACCUAAUAAAUACCUAUAUUCUCUUGCUAUUGAAUAUUUCCAAGUCCUCCUGUUGUGUUAGGUUUAUGCUACCAUUAAUAUCAUACCUAAUAAUCAUCAAUAUUCUUUUGCUAUUGAAUAUUUCUGAGUCAUCCUUUUGUGUUACAUUAAUGUUAUCAUGAAUGUCACACUUAAUAAUCACCGGUGUUCUCUUGCUAUUGAAUAUUUCUUAGUCAUCUUUUUGUUUUACAUUUAUGCUAUCAUGAACACCAUACCUAAUAAUCACCCAUAUUCUCUUGCUAUUGAAUAUUUCCGAGUCCUCCAUUUGUGUUAGGUUUAUGCUACCAUGAAUGUCAUCCCUAAUAAUCAAUCAUGUUUCCUUGCUGAUGAAUAUUUCUUAGUCAUCCUUUUGUGUUACAUUUAUGCUAUCAUGAACGCCAUACCUAAUAAUCACCCAUAUUCUCUUGCUAUUGAAUAUUUCCGAGUCCUCCAUUUGUGUUAGGUUAUGCUACCAUGAAUGUCAUACCUAAUAAUCAUCCAUGUUUCCUUGCUGAUGAAUAUUUCUGAGUCAUCCUUUUGUAUUAUGUUUUGUUACCAUGAAGUUACACUUGAUAAUCACACAUGUACCUUGCUGUUGAAUAUUUCUGAGUCAUCCUGUUGUCUUACGUUUAUGCUAUCAUGAAUGUCACACCUAAUAAUCACCCAUAUUCUCUUGCUAUUGAAUAUUUCUAAGUCCUGUUGUGUUAGGCUUAUGCUACCCUAAAUAUCAUACCUAAUCACCACCCAUAUUCUUUUGCUAUUGAAUAUUUCCGAGUCCUUUAUUUGUGUUAUGUUUAUGCUACCAUGAAUGCCACACCUAAUGAUCACCCAUAUUCUUUUGCUAUUGAAUAUUUCUGAGUCCUCCUGUUGUGUUAGGUUUAUGCUAUCAUGAAUGUCAUACCUAAUAAUCACCCGUGUUCCCUUGCUAUUAAAAAUCUUUGGGUUGCCCAUUUUUGUUAUGCCUAUGCUAUAUGGGCUAUGAAUUGCCCACUGAGUUUAUGAUAAGCUAGAUGUGAUGUGAAGAUGUGCAGACAUCAUUCCCUUAUAGGUGCUGUUUGAAAAAUUCCAGGGGAGGAUAUUGUUUUCCGUGUGUCCAUUCAUCUGGCAAUAAAAUUUAACAGCAUUACCAGACAUGGUGUUUGUAACUGUUUCACUUCUUUAAUCCCAAGUUCAGAAUGAAUUUAAAGGUCAUAUUUGCUCAUUAUGACUCAAUGUAAGUAAGUAGGUGAUAUUUCAAGGAUUUAUAUGUAGGAUGGUAAGAUAACUUCUCACAAACUCACAUUUUCAAGUGUGUACCGAGUAUGUAAGUACAUGGUCAUGGUCAUAUUGAGCUUAAAAUUUGAACUUGUUCAUCCAAGACUUUUAAAAGCACCAUUGGUGACUAAUUAAGUUAAAUACAUUGAACACAAUGUAAUGGUACCUCCUAGAAGUAGUGUGUCAUAUAUUUAAGGUAUUUAAUUGGUUUUUAUUUAAUAUCUGUCUGUUAACUUUUUUUAUUAUAAAAAUUUCUUCAAGUCAUGAAAGACUGAACAUACACUGGCCAAAUUUGGUCUGAAGCAUCCUUGAGGGAAGCACAACCAAGUUUGUAUAAAUUUUGGCUCUCAGCUCCCAGAGGCCUCAGGUGCAGGGCCAAAAAGGAGAAACUUACCAAAUUCUUCAAAAUCUUGAAUGGAUAUUGUCCAAAUUUGGUCUGAAGCAUUCUUGGGUGAAGGGAAAUCAAUCUUGUACAAGGAAAAGGUCUCAGCCCCCUGAGACCAGCUGAAGGAGCAUGGCCUAAUGUGGGAAAUAGAGUAAAGUCUUUAAAAUCUCACUACACCUGGUAAAUUUUGGCCACUUGCAAGGAAGGGGUGGGGCCCAAUAGGAGAAAUAGAGGCAAGAGGAAUGAGGCUCAAUUGGGGAAAUCAAAUAUUUUUUUUAAUUCCUUCUUCUGUCCAAGGAUGUUGUCCAAGGUUGGUUUAAACCAGUUCUUAGCAAUAGUGGAUCUGACUUAUUAGCCAGGUGAGUGAUGCAGGUCCAUUGGGCCUCUUGUUGUAAAUAUGUUAUCUGUAAUGAUUAGUUUCCAAAUUUAUUGCAUAACUUAACUUUGAUCUUGCUUGAAUGAUUGAAAAAAUGUUUUUUCCAUCUUUGAUUUUUUCCUUAGACUUAUAAAAAAUGAGUUUUAGGUGAGUUUUAGGUUAAUUUUAGGACAAAUGAAUUGCAUUUUUGGAUGAUUUUAGCCCACCUGGCACAAAGGGUUCAAUAAAAGAAACGUAAUAAGCUUUUAAAAAUCCUUCCUUCUUACAAGGAUAUUGUCAAAGUCUUGUCUGAAGCAUUCUUUGGAGACUGAAACUCAAUUUUUACAAACAGUGGUUUUGAUUUCCAUUUCACCACUAGGCUGGAGCCGAACAGAAAAACUAUUUCAGAAAUUUGUCAUCAUUUCAGUUCUUUUUUAAAUGACUGAAUAUCUGAAAUAGCCAGGGUAGUGAUACAUGUUCCAUGGGCCUCUAGUUCUGCUGUUGUGAAGCUGAGUUACUUGUUUAGCUACAUUUUGUAAAGUACAUAUGCUAUUUUUAGUUUAAUCCAUGUACAUCUGUAAGACCAACUGUCCUUUAAAAUAAGAAACAUUGGUGAUUUUUGAUAAUUAGGUAUAUGCAUUACGAAGGUGAACUAAUAUUUGUAAUCAUGUGGUUCAGACCUCCAACGGGCCACAGGAACAGGGCAAAAAGGAGCCGAAAUGACUAAAAAUCUUCUUCUCAGCACUAAGAUAUGGUAGAAUAUUAUACUCUUUAUGAGAAGAAGGAUCUUAAGGUCCUUUCCCAGAAUUGUGGAUUUCAUAACCUCAGGGUCACACCAUUUGACCUUAUUGGAAGGGGUAAAUCUGACAAUAGUUUAUACAGAAAAAACGACAUUUUUAAGCAUAACUUAAUUAAAUUCCAUUAGAAACAAUUCCAGUUUGGUUAGAAAUAUUAAAAUGAAGUGGCAGUUGAUACAUAUUUUACAUUAAUUAUUUGCAUUAAACAUAUAAUUUAGUUUGAGUUAGCCUACAUUCUUAACAACAUUGUUUCUAGGACAUAUGUUACAACAACCAAAUUGACAGCACUUAUAGAACUGUUAAGGCCAUUUACAUACCUUGGUGAUAUGUUAAGCUUUGUAGAACCUACCCAUAUAUAAUGGAAUCAGAUACCAAGAUUCACACCUACCGACCCUAAGCACAUGUUGUAUGUAUGGGUAGAUAUUUAUGUUGUUUAUUGCUUUCAGUGACUUUGUUAUGGAGGAGGUCAAAUGUAAAUUGAUAAUCUUUAGAUAUCGUGUAUCAAAAUGAAAUCUGCACAUCAAUAAAAACUGUAAAGAAUAA